AUCAAGCACCUAGGCAUGCAUACUGCUUCUACAAACAUUUGUGAAAGAAUGGGUCGCUUUCAGGAGUUCAGUGAAUUCAAGUGUGGCACCGUGAUAGAUUGCCACUUAUGCAAUAAGUCCAUCCAUGAAAUUUCCUUGCUACUAAAUAGUCCACGGUUAACUGUUAGUGGUAUUAUAACAAAGUGGAAGCAACUGGAAACAACAGCAACUCAGCCAUAAAGUGGUAGGCCAUGUAAAAUGAUAGAGCAGGGUCAGCGCAUGCUAAAGCGCACAGGGUGCAGAAGCCACCAACAGGCUGCAGAGUCAAUAGCUAAAUUUUGUGUGGCCUUCAGAUUAGCACAACAACAGUCCAUAGAGAGCUUCAUGGAAUGGGUUUCCAUGGCCAAGCAGCUGCAAAGCCUUACAUCACCAAGUGCAAUGCAAAGCGGCAGAUGCAGUGUUGUAAAGCACGCCGCGACUGGACUCCAGAGCAGUACUUGCCUGACUGCAUUGUGCCAAGUGUAAAGUUU